GUUUCCGGUUGCCAUGAGAGGAAAGGGGUAAAAUAGGGGUAUUUGUUUUGAGAGGAUCAAGUUUUCAAAAUAUUAUUUUUGACAUUCUUCCUGAUAGUGGAUUCGAUUUUAAAAGUAUUCAGACUUACUUGUAUUUCUCUUUUUAGGAUUGAAUGUAUAGAUGCCGAAAUAUAUUCAAGUGUAAUUUUCGGCGGGCAUUCCUAAAUUUUGUUUUCUUCUGUUCAGUUUUAAUUGAAAUUUCAUAUAUUAACUGAAUUUCAGUUUCAAUGACGUGAGUUUCGAGAUUUUUGAAAAGUUUAUAAUGCUUUGCAGAAUUUCUACGCAGUAGAAAAGUUGUAAACAAAAGUGCACAAAAGUUAGGUUAAGAUGAACGGAAUCAAUGGGUUGGAUUCUUGUCAACAAUUGCUCUCGACCUCGGCCUCUAGAAUUUCCAAUUUGGAGCAUAUCGUCUAUGAUGACAGCCUUGAUAUCGAAGUUAAAACAGAGCCUAUGCCUUUACAAGACCACGAGUUUCAUCAGAAUGACAAAAACAAUAGCGAUGAAAUGUCUCUCCAAAGAGAAAUACUUCGAGAACUUAGGAAAAUAAAUCAACGUUUGGAUAAUGUUGAAGCUAUUUUACUUGGGCAAGGCCCUCACCUGGACAGAACUCCAGCUAAACCAUCUAUUCUGCCAUUGAACACAGUAGAAGAGGUUGCAGCUUUUAAUAAAAUAGACGAUGCGACCAAGAAAGCUGUCGUCUCAUAUCUGGGAUAUCUUGGAGGUUCUAACGUGAGGGAGUCCGCAAAUCUCUGUAUUAAAGAGACGCUUUCUGGCGAUUGCGUUUCCCAAUUCACCUGGCUUGGAAGAGACAUUGGACGCAGGCCGAUAGGGACACCUUUUUACAAUACAAAAUUAUCUGCUGUUAUACUCGGUAUAUUUUUAAUUCCAAGGUUUAUAGUGAUCAUGCAAUUUGAAAUUCCCGGAAGGAUAUGGAGCGAUUUUACAGCGCCUAUAAGAGGCGAUAUCCUCGAACAGAAGUUAUCCAGUACCGACAAAAACAGAAUACGCAUCCCAUAUGAAGGAAGCUUUGCGAGUAGCGAAACAAAGGAACCGGAACCAACUACUCAGUAAAAAGCGACGCACCACCGACGACGAAGAAGAUUCCUAAUAAGAUUUUCACUAACUCUAUCAGAUAAACCUAAUUUGUUUACAACUAAGAACGAAACUACUUUCACGUAAGCAUCGCCAAAAAAAAGUAGAACAAAAAUGUUCACGAAAGUAUUUAAUAAGGUAUUUUAAAAUAAGGUUCCUUCUCUCUAAAAGAAAACAAGAUUUUUUAAUUCCAAAAUACUCUUUUUUUUUCUUUUAUAGAGAAAAAAAGUUGGUCUAUUUUCAAGUUCAAAAUGCUGUUUUAGCUGCAUUUACAUUUGUAUAAUUUCAUCGUGUUUUUCAUGACUUUAUAUUCAGAGGUUUGAAGUGUUUUUAUUUUAUUUUUCAUGUAAAUUUGAACACGGUUGUUAUCUUGGAUUUUUCGAAAUAGAAAGAAAAAAUUAAUUGGAAAUCAAACCUGUUUGAUUCUCUUGAAUUAUUACAAUUUUUAGAAUAAAAAUUUUAUUUUUUAUUGUUGACAAAAAUGGAUCCAAGAGUCAAGUAAAUAUAAGGUACUGCUUUUUUGGGAGGAAAAUGAAUUUAAAAGUCAAGCCGAAUAUUCGAAAUUCGAUUAUUUCCAAUAAAUAAAGUUGAAAAAGAAAAUCGAAAUAUACUUAGAUUAAACCGGCUUGAUUUUUUUAAAUAAUUAAAAAUUUGAAAAUCAAAAUUAAUCCUAUUUUUUGGAGAAAAAUAGAUAACAAAUGCAAGUCUAUUCUUCUAAAUUUGAUUUAUUCGAAUAAGUUGAAUUAAAAAAAAUCUAAAAAAUGGGGUCAAAAGUUAAGUCGAAUUUUUGAAAAUUGAUUUAUUCGAAAAAAUUGAAUUUCAAAACAAAGAAUUUAAUUUCACGUGAAACUGGCUUGAUUGCCUUGGAAUCUUAGAUUAUUGCAUUUUUUUAAAUCAGUCCUUUUUUAGUCGUGAUAGAAGGGGCGAAUUUUUCGAUAUUUGAUUUAUUCAAAAAAAGCGAAUAAAAUUUUUUUUUAAAACAGCCUUAGAUUAUUACUUUUUUUGCCAUCAAAAUGAUCGUUUUUUUGUUGAGAAAAAUAGAUUUAAAAGUCAAAUUGAUUCUUCGAAAUAGUGGAAUUUAAAAAAAAAAACUUUAAUUGUUCAUAAAGCCGAUUUGAUUUUCUUAGAUUUUUAUAAUUCAAAAAAUAGAAAGUAGCCCUUUUUUAGUCGUGGAUGGAGCCAAAAGUCAAGCAUAAUUUUCGGAAUUCGCUUUAUUCGAAAAAGGCAAAUUAAAAAAGAGAAUUUAAUUGUACAUUCAAACGGCUUUGAUAUCCUUAGAUUAUUAUAAUUUAAAAAAUCAAAAUUAUGCCUUUUAUUGUCGAAAAAUGUGUCGAUUCUUCAAAAUUUGAUUUAUUCGAAAAAGACGAAUUAAAAAAAUCAAAAUUAUUCCUUUUUUGGAGAAAAAUGAAUCCAAAAGCCAAGUCGAAUUUUCAAAAUUUGAUUUAUUCGAA